AUGUCCACCACAAUAAGUUCGGUAAGCCAAGCCGGUUUGUUUUUGUUUCGUAGACUUUCGGCGAAUGCCGUCGAAUUUCUGUUGUUGCAGACAAACGACGUGACACCAUCAGCAAGAUACUGGGUUCCUCCAAAAGGUUGUUUGAAAACAGACGAAUGUCCUAUCGAAGGGGCUCUUAGAAUAACUGAAAAACUGACUGGAUUGACAAGGUGUGACAUUGACACUUACAAGAAGUAUAAGUACAUGGUCAGAUACAAUCACGGUCUCGAAUGGAACGACAUCGAGUACUACUUGGCACACGUGCAUAACAACAACAAGGAAAUUGAGACCUCCAGAUGCCAUUGCGACCACAAGUGGAUGAACUUGGCUUGCGCGUGCAACAAUAUGAAGUACAUUCAGCUGAAACAUAUGGCCAAAUGUUACCAGGAAAUAAUAACCAAUAACAAAUUGGGAUCAUACACCAUAUAA